AUGUCUUCCUCAGUUCAGGAGGAACAAUCAUUCCAAAAAGCGGUGGGGUUCUUGAAGGUCGGCUGGAAACACCUACUGCUACAGGAUGAGGUUCAGCGGACAUACGAGAUGACAGUUUUGUGUGCUCUGGACUUCUACGUUCAGCAAAAGCAUCGCCGGCUUGGAUACGGAAAGAAGCUAUUCGACUGCAUGCUCUUACACGAGGGCAGACGGCCGUGGGACGUACCAGUGGAUAAUCCGAGCUUGAGCUGUCGUCGCUUUCUACGGAAGCAUUUCAAUCUGUCGACGCAAAUUCCUCAGAUGAACAAGUUCGCAAUAUUCUUCGGAUUCCCAUUCCCGCCAGACAAGCGGAGGCGGGAACGAUCAGGGAACGCGUCGGCUGAAGAUUUCUACGCCUCGAAAUCCUGUACUUUGAAGUUCUUCCAAGAUAUCGACGACCGAGACGAUUUCAUUUCCAAAUCGUCGUCAUGGAGGGUACUCGGGUUAGAGGCGCCUUUGCAUGACAUGGAUGAGCUUUCACAAUAGACUCCGAUUAGGAUGAACGCGCGCACAGAUAUGAGAGCUUUCACUUGAUUGUGAAAGGUUUCGAAACCGGUGACUCGGGGCCGGAAUCCCAGAAGGCUCCAUUCCAUAGGCUAUGUCCCGGAAACAGUCCGCAUUUCGGAGCAACUGAUCCUGUAAGUAUGCGCUCGAGUCGAUGCAUUGUACAAGUCCAUCAGAAGAGAUCCCUGCAUUCCCCACCUUCAUUGAGGAGUAUGUAACGAUCUCGCAUCAUUUGAUCUUUUAUUAUUCCAACUGUACAUCCAUUCACUUAU